GCAAUUCUCAUAACUCCUGAGUCCUUUACCAUGAACAUUAACACCAAUCCCAAUCGUACAAACCGAGCUCAGAACCGAGGCACUCGUGGUCGUGGAGGAGCUCAGCGGGGCCCUGGGCAACGGGACCCUGCUGCGGGUCCUGCACGAAGCACCUCUGGACCGCCUGCUAGGCCACAGCAGGUCUCUCAAGGAGGUGAAGCUGACGAAUUACUCCACUCUCACGAGCAGGCGCUAGCCAAAAUGCGUCGUGAAGUUGGCAUUCGGUAUGAGCGGCCUAUCCGUCCAGGGUUCGGCACCCACGGAGAACCGGUCGCACUGGUUGCCAACUUCUUUGCAGUGAAGAUCACAAAUUCACUUAUUCAUACGUAUCAUGUCAAAGUCGAACCAACCAAGAACGCCAAGGAUGUUCAGCGUCGUCUCCUACUGCUGCUCGAGCAGACCAAUAACGAGACUUGGCAAAGUGUCAAGUCCUCCGUGGCAUUUGACGGGAGAGAGACGUUGGUAUCUUCCAAGGAGCUGCCUCAACCCAUGCAGCUUACCGUGAGGUUCUUCGAGGAAGAACAGACGCCUGGUCUAAACUCGCCAGAAUAUACCGUCUCCCUCGAAUUGCUCCGCAAAUGGGAUAUUAGCGAACUCGAGAAAUACCUCCACUGCGAUGUCGACGAUGAUAAUUACGACAUUUCCCCGCUCAUAUCUGCAUACAACAUUGUUCUUCAGCAACAUGCAUCGUCGACUGCGGUUCGAGUCGGAAACAGUCGCUACUUCGGGUUCCCGGGUUACAAGGCAAAUGAGCUCUCGCCCGGGCUCACGGGCUUGGAGGCAUUCAGAGGCUUUUUCUUGUCUGCGAGGCCCGUUUUCGGAGAGCUGAUGGUCAAUGUUGGUGUAUGCAUGACACCAUUCUACAAGCCUAUUGAACGACUGGAUUCCGCGUAUAAAGAAUUUGCGGAUCGUUCCAAGGGCGCAACUCUGCAGCGGUUUGCUCAGAAUGUCAAAGUGACCACCAAGUAUCUCGGUUACACCAAACGUCGCACGUUGUUACGGAUCACGUCGUCGUCUGCAGAUAAAACGUCAUUUAUAAAGGAUGGCCACAAGAUUUCAGUCGCCCAGCAUUUCGAGAAUGUGCACGGGAUAAUUCUGGAACGUCCAGAUCUCCCUGUCGCUGACCUCGGGACAGAGAGGAGGCCGAUUUAUGUUCCACUGGAGCUGUGUACGAUUGAAUCACAGCCAUUCAGAGGUCUUCUUGAAGAUCGAGAGACCACGGCCAUGCUGAAUCAUGCAUGCCAGUCGCCGGCCGCCAACUUCGAAGAGAUAAUCAACCGAGGAUUACCCUCGCUUGCCUUGACUGAACCCAAGGCGAGCCUCCUAGAUGAGUUCGGUAUAUCGAUCAACAAGACGAUGACCGAUGUUCCUGGACGAGAACUUCCUCCGCCUAAAAGUCUACAAUACCAUUCCGGAAGUUGGAACCUCACGAAUGUGAAGUUCCACACUGGGGCUUCUGUUGCCAAAUGGGCGGUUCUGGUCAUUUUUGAUGGGCAUACUGCUCCCAGUCACGAAGACGUGACCAAAGUGUGGACAGGAUUUAGAGAAGGUUGUCAGAAGUCGGGAAUGACGUUCGCAGACCAGCCCCCGGCUGUUGCCAAAACGUCCCAAUUGCCCCGACAGUCUCAGGACAGGGGUCGGUCGGAGGGUAUAAAGGAAAUCAAGCGGACAAUCCAGAACCUUAUAAAGGGAAACCCGGCAUUCAUACUGGUCCUCCUACCUUUUCGCGACACGAAGCUGUACCCUGGCGUCAAACACAUCUGCGAUGUCGAGCUCGGGAUACAUUCUGUCACGAUUGUCCUGAACAAGGUCCUGAAAAACAAGGGUCCGCAGCAGUACUAUGCCAAUGUCGCCCUGAAGCUGAACCAGAAACUCGGGGGCAUCAAUCAUACUCUCGACGCUGAAAGCACACGCUGGCUCACUACGAAGAGCACGAUGCUCGUGGGCAUGGAUGUUACCCACCCUGGACCUGCCAGCAAGGCAGGCACUCCAUCCAUCGCUGCAGUAAUUGCCACUAUUGAUAAGUCUUUCGUGCAAUGCCCUGCGAGUUUGAGGUGUCAGAAAUCGAAGCAAGAGAUGAUAGACGACCUAACGGAGAUGAUGCUAGAGCGGCUGAGAGCGUACAAGAAGAAGAGUGGUUCCCUUCCCGAGAGAGUUAUCGUCUACAGAGAUGGCGUCUCAGAGGGUCAAUUCGACACAGUGCUCGAGCACGGCUCUGAGAAGGACAAGAUUCUGGAUGCCUUCAAGGCCAUCCACAAAGAAACCAAGGAUCUUGCUGAGUAUCGGCCCCACCUGAGUAUCGUCAUCUGUGGGAAACGACACCACGCUCGCUUCAUGCCGAAAGAUGACAAGCACCGGACCCGAAACGGAAACACGCGCUCUGGAACAGUUGUCGAUAGACGUAUCACCGCCGUUUUUGAUUUCGACUUUUAUUUGCAGGCUCAUGAUGGGAUCAAGGGUCAAGCGCGACCUACGCACUACACAGUUAUUUACGAUGAGAGCGGUCUUAGCGCCAACGACAUACAGCAGGGCACGCACACCGCGAGUUACUUAUAUGCCCGCGCCACCAAGGCGGUGAGCCUUGUACCCCUCGCAUAUUACGCCGAUCUGGCAUGCGAGCGGGCACGGUGUUACCUUGAUGGAUUCCUAAACUCAGAGCAGCCCCCUGCGCCUGGCUCCUCGAGUGGGAAAGGAGAGGGUAGGGGUAAGGGUAAAGGAAAGGCCGUGGCGGCAGACGAAAGGGAGGCGGCCAAGCAACGUGUUUAUGACGCUGCUCUUCAAGCAUGGGGUAAUGGCGUUCAUCCCAAUUUGAAGGAGACGAUGUUUUAUAUCUGAAGAGAUAGCACGAACAAUUUGUAUAUGUACGGGUUCUUGCGUUGUGAACUUGCUUUUUAACAUGUU